ACGUAAAACAUGCGACAAUGACAAAGAUUGUCGGAAAGCUGCCCGGAAGCUGGGUGAGCUUGGGGUGACUAGCGGCGGUUCCAUCCUUGUCAGUCAAGCGGUUAUCGUCGGUCCAUACAAAUCCGACAACUUCACAACCAUUACUGAUGCAAUAGCAGCAGCACCUAAUAACGCUAGACCGGAGGAUGGUUACUUUGUCAUAUACGCAAGGGAAGGUGUCUACGAAGAAUAUAUCGUUGUUCCAAUCAACAAAAAGAAUUUAUUGCUUAUGGGAGAUGGAAUCAAUAAGACGAUCAUUACGGGGAACCAUAAUGUUGUUGAUGGUUGGACUACGUAUAAUUGCUCGAGCUUUGCGGUGACUGGAGAACGGUUCAUGGCAGUUGAUGUUACAUUCAGAAACACAGCUGGACCUGAGAAGCAUCAGGCCGUGGCCUUGAGAAACAAUGCGGAAGGAUCCACUUUCUACCGGUGUAGUUUUGAAGGCUAUCAAGAUACUCUCUACGUCCAUUCUCUUAGACAGUUCUAUCGCGAAUGCGAUAUAUAUGGUAUGAUCUUAUU